AUGUCGACGCAAGCUGCAAUUGACCGUGAGGUGCUUCCAAAUAACGUUACUCCAUUACACUAUCGUCUCCAAGUGGAGCCAAAUUUUGAAACUUUCAAAUUCAAGGGAUCCGUAAAGAUUGACUUACGAGUGAAUGAUUCACAGGCUGACUCAAUUAAGUUGAAUACGGUAGAUAUUGACGUUCAUUCUGCUAAACUAGACUCUACUGUGGCAGCUUCUGAGAUUAAAAUUGACAGUGAGUCCCAGAUAGCUGAAUUUGUGUUUCCUAAGGGUACUUUUGCCUCCCAUAGUGAAGAAGUUGUCACUCUAGAUAUUGAUUACACUGGCGAAUUAAAUGACAAUAUGGCUGGUUUCUAUAGAGCCAAGUAUGAAGAUAAAAAGACCGGUGAAACUAAAUAUAUGGCUACUACUCAAAUGGAACCAACAGAUGCUAGAAGAGCAUUCCCUUGCUUCGAUGAACCUAAUCUUAAAGCCACUUUUGAUAUUACUUUGGUUUCUGAACCUAAAUUGACACAUCUUUCCAACAUGGAUGUCAAUCUAGAAGAAAUUAAAGAUGGAAAGAAAUUUACAACUUUCAAUACAACUCCAAAGAUGUCCACCUAUUUAGUUGCAUUCAUCGUCGCCGAAUUGAAUUACGUUGAAAAUAACGACUUCCGUAUUCCUGUAAGAGUUUAUGCCACACCAGGUGAUGAACAUUUAGGUAAAUUUUCAGUCGAUUUAACUGCAAAGACCUUAGAUUUCUUUGAAAAGACUUUCAACAUCAAGUAUCCAUUACCAAAAAUGGACAAUGUUGCAGUCCACGAAUUCUCCGCAGGUGCCAUGGAAAAUUGGGGUCUUGUUACCUAUAGAGUCGUCGACCUUCUUUUAGACCAAGAAAAUGCUACAUUAGAUAGAAUCCAAAGAGUCUCUGAGGUCGUCCAACAUGAAUUGGCUCAUCAAUGGUUCGGUAACUUGGUCACCAUGGAUUGGUGGGAGGGUUUAUGGUUGAAUGAAGGUUUUGCUACUUGGAUGUCUUGGUAUUCUUGUAAUGAAUUCAAACCAGAAUGGAAAGUCUGGGAACAAUAUGUUGCUGACACUUUACAACAUGCCUUAGGUUUAGAUGCGUUGAGAUCUUCACAUCCUAUUGAAGUCCCAGUGAAGAAAGCUGACGAAAUUAACCAAAUUUUCGACGCUAUUUCAUACUCCAAAGGUUCUUCUUUACUAAGAAUGAUAUCCAAAUGGUUAGGUGAAGACGUUUUCAUCAAAGGUAUUUCUAACUAUUUAAAUAAAUUUAAAUUUGGCAACGCAAAGACCGAAGAUUUAUGGGAUGCAUUAUCCGAAGCAUCGGGUAAAGAUGUUACUAAGGUGAUGAGUAUUUGGACCAAGAAAGUGGGUUUUCCAGUCAUUACCGUUAAAGAAGAAGGAAAUAAAGUCACUUUCAUUCAAAAUCGUUACUUAUCUACAAAUGAUGUCAAUGCUAAUGAAGAUGAAACUUUGUAUCCUGUCUUCUUAGCCUUGAAGGAUAAAUCCGGAAUGGUAGACAACUCUUUAGUUCUUAAUGAAAGAGAAAAAACAAUUGAAUUGAAAGAUAGUGAAUUUUUCAAGAUUAACGGCGGUCAAUCUGGUAUUUACAUUGCUUCAUAUUCUGAUAAAAGAUGGGCCAAAUUUGGUGAACAAGCUGAUUAUUUGUCUGUUGAAGACCGUACUGGUUUAGUUGCAGAUGCCAAAGCCCUAGCUUCCUCAGGAUAUACAUCAACAAAAAAUUUCUUAAAUCUAAUCUCCAGCUGGAAGAAUGAAAAAUCUUUUGUUGUUUGGGAACAAAUGAUUAACAGUAUUGGCUCUUUAAAGGCAACCUGGCUAUUCGAGUCUAAGGAAACUAUUGAUACAAUUAAUAAAUUCACGCAAGAUCUAAUUUCAACCAAGUUAAAUGAAUUAGGCUGGGAAAUUAAAUCCUCUGACUCUUUUGAAACCCAAAAGUUGAAAGUUGCAUUAUUAGGUGCAGCAUCUGGUGCAAGACACCCUGAAUUUGAAGCCAUGGCGUUGAAAAUGUUUAAAGAGUACACUGUUGAAAAGAAUAAAAAUGCCAUCCCUGCUUUAAUCAAACCGAUUGUCUUUAGCUCUGUGGCUAAUAUUGGAGGUGCAGAAAAUUAUGAGAAAUUAUUCAAUAUUUUCAAGAAUCCAAGUUCUACGGAUGAAAAAUUAUCUGCUUUAAGAACUUUAGGUAGAUUCAAAGAACAAGAAUUACUUGAAAGAACCUUAGGUUACUUAUUUGAUGGUACUGUCUUGAAUCAAGAUAUUUACAUCCCAAUGCAAGGAAUGAGAUCAAACACUGAAGGUGUUAACGCUUUAUGGCAAUGGACUCAAGAUAAUUGGGACGAAUUGGCAAAGAGAUUACCACCUGGCUUAUCAAUGUUAGGAUCUGUUGUCAUCAUUGCUACAUCCUCUUUCACUUCUUCGGAGAAGAUCGAAGAAAUCCAAGACUUCUUUAGCAAGAGAUCUGUCAAGGGUUUUGACCAAAGUUUAGCCCAAUCCAUUGAUACCAUCAAAUCAAAGGCUCAAUGGAUCGAGAGAGAUCGUGCUGCUGUCAGAGAUUACUUGAAAGCAAAGGGAUACGACAAGGCCUAG